CCCUCCUCUCCGGCGACCACCACCGUGCCGGACGCCGCCGCCGCCGCCUCCUCCUCCCCGUCUCCCCCGCCACCCGGCGCCGCCCCGCCCCGCCCCAAACCGCACCCAGGCGGGAAGGGAGCGGCACAUCGAUCCGUAUCAUUCUUCCCCCCGAACCGCGCCCGCGACGAGAGGAGCUCUGCUCCUGGAUCCCGCCGGUUCCUCCCCGCAGUGCCCCCGGUCGCGGCCCUCCAGCGCGCUGCGCCAGGGAAAGGUUUAAUACCUGCAGGAAAGGUGGAAGUCUUCUACGGCUGGAUCAAUAUUGAACCUGAUAGAUAGUGCUACUGCCGACGAAUAUCAGGGAAUCAUGAAAGCUCCUCAGCAGCACCGUAAACCAACUGACACAGAAGCAAACGUCAAACUUGGUGUUAAUAAGAUGCAUUGCCUGAAGCCAGGCAAAUAUACCCACAAAUCACCAGGCAAUGUUGGGGCUAAAUGCAGAACAGGAGAUGGUCAAUCAUUUACUGGCAGUAAGAUUGCAUUGAAGAGUGGUAGCUCUAUGGAAGUACCAUUUCUCAACUUGACAAACGUGUCUGCUCAACCGCCAAAUUAUUCUGGAAAAAUGAAGCUUCAGUUUUUUCCAAUAGAUGAGGCGAUUCAAAAGGUUCUACAGCAGGAGAAACACAAUCCUUACCUGGAGUUGACUUUGGCUCCGCGAAAGAAGAUGUCCUCAAUUGUGCAACAUCUGAACACAAAAUGGGGCCGUUCUAGUUGUGCAAAAGGCGACCUCAUGCUCUUCCCAUACAGUGCUAGACCGGAUAGCAUAGCCAGCAGUAAAAAAUGGACCCUUAAUGAUUCUUGCACUGCUGCUGAUGUUUAUGUUGCUGUUGGCAGCCCUUCAACAUUCCGUUUAAGGUAUGGUUGGUUCAAGCCUAAUUUGAAGCAACAAACCAGUGAAGCUUCCUUGGCACCAGUGCACUCUGCAGAAAAGACUUUGGGCGACAAACCUUCACAUCCUUUUGAGUUUCCAAGUAAAUUUGCCAGUCCAUCCGUUGAGUGUAACACAGAGAAGACCGUGGUGGAUAACAACCAAAGCAAAGCGACACCGCUUUCAUGGAUUGACAGCAUAUCCAAUAUCAGUUUUGGAGCACUGCUAUCGCAGGCUGUGCCCUCUCAAGACAGCAAGCAACCGCCUUUGCAAAACAGCUCGAUUUUCCAGCAGCAGAUUCCUGCCACGUGCGAUUCAUUCGAUGCUGCCAUUGCUUCCUUGAUUGCUCGCCAGCAAACAAGCAACCAGCCAAAGGUGUCAAAUCCAUCCCCCUGGGAAGCAGAUGAAACCUGCCAUGCAUUCCCUCCUCCCCGGAAUCAAAAUUUAUCCAGGGUGCCCUCUUGUGGCCCUGGCAACAGCAGUGCUAUUAUUACCUCAACUAUCCUUGGUUCCAUUGCUGAAUCCGGUACAGACGGCGACCACCAGCAACACUGGCUACCAGCGCUCUACCGAAGGCACGAAAGAGGGACCAAGGCCCCCUCAGACACCACCAGGCCUGGGCAAUGAUGAUGAUGAUGUGAAGCCUGAUGUGUCGUCGACGGUACCAUUUAGAUUUAGGGCCUUAUUAUAACAGACAAACAUCGAUAUCUUUGAGAUGCUUUGCUUUGCUUUCUCUUGCACGUAAUUGUUGAUAGGUUUUUUUAUAAAUGGUUUACUUUCAGCCUGAAUCCACGACCGGUGAUGGUUCAUUUUACUCUAGUCUUUUGAGUGGAACCGACGGUUUGGUACCGAACAGCUUGGAUGCGUUCCCGAAGUUAGUCUGUUUCGUAAGGCUUGGAAGUUUCAUAUGCAAGACCUGAAGUAGUUACAGAUCCUGUAAAGAUAGAUCAGAUCAUCGUGCUGCUUCAGUCGGAAUUGAUUACCUUGGGCUUACUGAAGCCGAUUGUGCAGAUAGAUAAAUCAUCCAACGACACAUGUUAGUCGCAUAAACUUUUUUUCUUUUCUUACUGGUCGCUACUUGCGAUUUUCGAAAUUGUCCAUAAUCUGCUCGGUCACUCACCAUUUUCUCUGCA